CAGACAGACAGGACAGAGGCAGACAGGACAGAGGCAGACAGACAGACAGACAGGACAGAGGCAGACAGACAGACAGACAGGCAGACAGGAUGAAGGUGUAUUUCUGCGGCAGUAUCCGUGGCGGCAGAGAUGACGUGUCUCUGUACCGGAAGAUCGUCAACAAACUUCAGACGUUUGGAACCGUGCUGACCGAGCACGUGAGCGACGAACAGCUGAGUGACAGAGGAGAGGCGUCGACAGCAGCAGCAGACAGACAGAUCCAUGACAGAGACGUGGAUUGGCUGCGACAGUCAGAUGUGGUUGUUGCCGAGGUAACGCAGCCGUCUCUGGGUGUCGGCUACGAGCUGGGCCGAGCCGUCGACAUGAAGAAGAAAAUCUUCUGUUUGUUCAGACCAUCGUCAGGACGCAGUCUCUCUGCAAUGAUUCGUGGUGCUGAUGACGGGGAACUGUUCGUGGUUCGAGAUUACAGCGAAGACGAGGUGGAGAACGUACUGCAGGAGUUCUUUGACAACCUGAAGACAACCUAAAGACAACCUGAAGACAACCUAAAGACAACCUGAAGACAACCUUAAGACAACCU